UUCAACAACUUCGAUAAAAUGUAGUAGGGAAAAUAAAUUUAUCGCCGACUCCAUUGCUUAACUGGAGAAGCAGAACGUUCGCCGCCGCUCUGAAGCCCGUUACCGGCGACCACCAGGUUACCACCGCCGUCGAUAACAGCGGAACACCUUCACCCAAGAAUAUAAACAUUUUGUUUUUUCGACCGAAGAUUUAAACGAUGGUUUACCUCCAAUAUGGCCGAAAUAUUCUUCGACAGAGUAAGAUUUUGAAAGAUACAGCUCUCUUCCAGAAUUCCGAUUCUGUUCUACAUCAUCCAUUAUUCUAUGCUACUCAAGGCGUUAGAUACAGAAAAUUGGAGGUCAUUCUUACAACAACCAUAGACAAGCUCGGGAAAGCAGGUGAAACAGUGAAAGUUGCUCCUGGACAUUUCCGCAACCAUCUGAUGCCCAAAUUGCUUGCAGUUCCAAAUAUUGAAAAGUUUGCUUAUCUCAUCAGUGAACAGAGGAAGAUAUAUCAACCCAAAGAAGCUGAAGAGGUGAAGGUAGUUCCAAAGACUGAAGAAGACACCAUGAAAGAAUACAGAACAGCAGCUAGACGACUUGAAAAUGCUAAACUGGUUCUGAGAAGAUACAUAAAGAUAGAUACAGAACUUCGUUCACCUGUGGAAAAAGAUGAAAUCAUAUCUGAGGUGGCAAGACAGAUUGGAGUGCGUAUUGAGCCUGAAAAUUUACAAUUGGAGUCUCCAUUGUCAAGUUUAGGGGAAUUUGAGGUGCCACUUCGAUUGCCUAAAUCUCUUCCUUUACCAGAGGGUAAGGUUAACUGGACUCUUACUAUCAAAAUUCGAAAGAAGUGAAGAGAAUUAAGUGCUUAAUAUUUUCACUUUUUAGCAUUCAUUAGGUUAUUGAGUUUCACAAAACACUUUGUCUUUUUGUUUUUUGGUGGAAAUGUUCUCAAUUGGGAAUUGUUAGACAUUUGGUUUUUGUAGUUUUAUUUUCUUGCUUCAUUUAAAAUAAAAACUAUAUAUGGAGAUCAUAUAAUGGAAGACUUAAAUUGGUGAAAGAUUAUAAGAUUUGUUGGACAUGUAGUUUGUUAGAAACAUAUGGAAAUUGACAAAUUGUAUGAAUGUUUUUAACUAAUUUAAAUAUAGCGAAUUCGGUUAUAUUUUUA